AAUGUUCGCAAGAACAGCAUUGCGGGCAAUAUCGAAGCCUGCAGUAGUGAGAGGCAUAGGCAUACGGCAGGCAUCAACGAUUGACGCUUCCAAGAUCGACAGCAUGGCUUCCAGGCACAUCGAGAUCUCCAAGGCGCAGAGAGUCGCAAAGGAUGGUCUUGUCUCUGCUAUCGGCAACACGCCUCUCAUUCGCUUGAAUAAGAUAUCUGCCGAGACUGGAUGCGAAGUGCUGGGCAAAGCAGAAUUUCAGAAUCCUGGUGGAUCAGUGAAAGACCGAGCGGCUCUAUACGUGGUGAAAGAUGCCGAAGAGAAGGGACUGCUGCGACCUGGUGGAACUGUGGUGGAAGGAACGGCUGGCAAUACUGGCAUUGGUUUGGCGCAUGUGUGCAGAAGCAAAGGCUACAAGCUGGUCAUCUACAUGCCGAAUACCCAGUCGCAGGGCAAGAUAGAUCUCCUGAGACUGCUUGGUGCUGAGGUAUAUCCUGUGCCUGCUGUGGCAUUCGACAACCCAGAGAACUACAAUCACCAGGCCAAGCGACAUGCAGAGAGACUAGAAAAUGCAGUCUGGACUAAUCAGUUCGACAACACCGCCAACAGACAGGCACACAUUGAGACCACCGGACCCGAGAUCUGGGCGCAGACGGAAGGCAAAAUCGAUGCUUUCACUUGCGCAUCUGGGACCGCCGGUACUAUCGCAGGCAUGACGCGCUACCUCAAAACUGUGUCCAAUGGCCGCGUCAAGUGCUAUCUCGCCGACCCUCCUGGAUCAGUCCUCUACACAUACAUCUCAUCUGGCGGCAAGCUCAUCGACCGAAGUGGCUCAUCCAUCACCGAAGGUAUCGGUCAAGGUCGCGUAACAGACAAUCUCAAGCCGGACAUCGACCUGCUUGACGGCGCUCUGCACAUUGCCGACGAGAAGAGCAUAGAAAUGGUCUACCGAUGCCUGGAUGAAGAAGGUCUCUACCUUGGAGCGUCAUCAUGCUUGAACGUCGCCGCUGCAAAGGAUGUUGCAGAGAAGAUGGGACCAGGCCAUACCGUCGUGACUAUCUUGUGCGAUGGUGCUUACAGAUAUGCGGAUCGCCUCUUCAGCAAGAAGUGGUUGGAAAGCAAGAAGCUGCUCGAUGCUGUGCCCGAGCAUUUGAGAAAGUACAUUGUACUGGAGUAGAUAAAUAGACCCGAAUGCAAAGCCAUUUGCUCC